AUGACGGCCCUGUGUGGUUACAAGAAUGGAGAUUUGAACUCACCCGUCGCCUGUCAAUCAGGGUUCGGCUGUGUGGAAUGGGAGUCUCCAGGCGUCUUUGGAUGUACAAGCGGCAUCAACACCAUCCUGCCGACGACAUGUGUGGAAGCAGAAGCGCAGGGUCCAACGCCCACAGUCGGGGCCAUUUCCUGGUUAAGGCUUUUCCCUCUUCUUUCUUUCUUUUCUUCUUUGGUGCAAGACACUGACGGGGAAAUCCGUGGCAGUGACUCGGACGCACCGUACUGUGCGACCGUCUCCCUGUAUUGGAGCGACUACUACUACACGCACUGGGAAUGUGCCCCGCGAUCCGUCGAGGCGGUUACGAUCCUAGCCAUCCCAACCGUCACUGGCCACGGCGAACCUUCGACACAGUACCUCAACGCAGCUUUUUCCGACCCAACUGCAAGUCCCUCGGGGGGAGGCGGCGGGGGCAACGGCACCAACGGCGAUGACUCGUCCUCCAGCCAGGGCAGCGGCUCAGGCGGUGGUGGCAACAACAUCGGGACCAUCAUCGGGGCCGUUGCGGGCGUGGUUGCCGCCCUCGCCGCGAUCGGACUGUGGAUCUGCACCAAACACCACUUCCACAGGCAGCGACAACACGAUCGAAACCUGGGCGGGAGUGGAGACAUGGUGGUGCGGAACAACCGCGACAUGAUGACCGUGGCCGGGCAGCUUGAGCGCGGCGGACCCGUCAACGUCUACGUCAACGAGCUUCACUACCACGACCAUACGGGAAGGGGAGGGCCGCUGAGGUUGGCGAGUUGA